AUGAGUGAGAAUCUUCUUAUAAACUUUAAUGGCCCAUUCGAUGUUGGCGAGCUGGAUCGCACAGUUGACGCAUUCUACAAUGGCAACACAGCCAUGAGACAACAUGCUCAGGAAAUCUUGACUCAGUUCCAGAACCACCCAAACUCAUGGCAACUUGUUGAUCAGAUUUUGGAAAACUCCCAAAGUUUAUAUGCAAAGUUUAUUGGACUUUGUAUUCUCGAAAGCUUUGUGGUCGUUCGAUGGAAUACUUUACCAUUAGAUCAACGAUUGGGAAUUCGCAAUUAUAUUGUAAAGAUCAUCGUUGACCUAUCAUCUGAUAAGCCCAAAGAUGGGCCUGAAAAGACGUUUAUCAACAAGCUCAAUGUUGUUUUGGUGCAGAUCCUCAAAAAAGAAUGGCCUCAGCAUUGGGCUGGAUUUAUUCCUGAAAUUAUCGAAUCAAGCAAGACAAAUCUCAGCCUGUGCGAAAACAACAUGAAGAUACUCAAGCUGCUUAGUGAAGAGGUCUUUGAUUUCUCUGGGGACCAUAUGACCCAGACAAAGAUGAAGAAACUCAAACACCAGAUGGUUGACGAGUUUGGCGUAGUCUUCACGCUCUGUCGGCAGGUUUUGGCAAGUAAAGCAGCCUCAUCUAGUCUAGCCUUGGCUACUCUCGAGACACUCCAAAGAAUUCUCAGCUGGAUCCCUAUGCGAUUUAUUUUUGAAAGCGAUUUGAUAGAAGCCCUCCAAUCAAAGUUACUAGAAGAGAAAGAUCAGCGUAACAUGGCGUUAAAGUGCUUUACAGAAAUUGUUGGAAUUGAGGUUUCACCCCGGUACCAUCAAAAACUCACUCAAAUUUAUGAAUCUGUAAUGAAAGUGAUCAGUCAGAUCAUUCCCUUUACUUCGGAUAUCGCAGUAUUAUAUGAAACAGCAGAUAGAUAUGACCAAGAACUUGUUCAGGACUUGGCAUUGUUUCUCACCACAUUUCUAUCGAAAUAUUCUACGUUAUUGGAAAGUCAAUCGAUUAAAUCGAUGGCAGUUGAAUCCCACCAAUACUUGCUUCAAUUGACUCGGGUACCUGAGCGAGAGAUCUUAAAGAUUUGCUUGGAAUACUGGGGUAAAAUGGUGUAUGAAAUAAGCGAGCAAGCUAGUCGAAGCACUAGCAUUACUCCUUUAAGAAUGCAGCAUACAUUAUAUGCUGAGAUUCUCAAAGAACUACGUUCAAUUCUAAUUGAAAACAUGGCUCAACCAGAUGAGAUUCUGGUUGUUACGGAUGAGCAAGGAGACAUUGAAUGUGAAUUUGUUAAGCAAAGUGACUUGACUGCCCUGCACAAAUCUAUGCGUCAAGUCUUUGGUUUACUCACAGCACUGGACAUGAAUCUAACUGAACAAAUAAUUUGUGAAAAUUUGGCUCGUUUGCUAAACACAGACCAGUGGUCAUGGUCAAACAUGUACAAGCUGUGCUGGUCUGUAGGUGCCAUGUCUAGUUCGAUGGAUGAAAAUGUCGAAGAAAGGAUUUUGGUGAGGUUUACACAAUCCUUGGUAAAUCUUUUGAAUGCCAGCGCGCACAACAAAGACCAAGCAUGUGUAGUUGCAUCGUGUAUUUUGUAUUUAGCAGAACAGUACCCUCGUUUCUUAAAGUCCCAUUGGGACUUCUUGGUGCUUGUCAUGGGGAUGAUUCUGAAGUAUCUGCACGACCCGCAAGUCAGUGUGAGAGAGAUGGCAUGUGAUGCUUUUUUGAAAAUUUGCCAAGGAUGUCUUCGUGAACUAUCUGUAGUUCAGCCAAAUGGACAACCUCCCAUGCUAGAGUCAUUUGUGAUGGAUGUACAAGGAAUCACAUCUGACCUGGAUCCUGGCCAGGUGUGCAUUAUAUACGAGUCAAUUGGCCAUGUAGUGUCUGCUGCACCUAUUGACUAUCAAAAGCAAUUAAUCGGCCCAUGGAUGAGAUUGCCAAACGAAACAUAUGAAGCUGCUUUGCAACAAUUUGUUACUUCUCCAGAAGCAUUAGAGUCCCCUGGUACUCUCAAGGCUUUACUGAAUAUCCUCAAGAUUAACACGUCGGCAUGUUCUUCUGUUGGACCUGGCUACUUGAUACAGUUACAGUUUAUUAUUCCUCGGCUGAUCAUUACUUACAAAUCUGCGAGUGAUCGUAUUAAAAUUGCUCCAGUCCAAGAUGGACAGGUUGUGCGAUCCCUACGUCGAAUAAAAUCAGAAAUACUUCAGCUGGUGGAAAAGUUUAUGGUAGCCAGCGAAAAAAUCGAAGAAGAUAAUAACAGUCUGCUUUCCGAAUUGCUAAAUGUGAUUAUGGAAGAUUAUGACCAAUCUUUGGCGGCUCUUCGCGAACCAGGUGUCUUGGAUGUCAUGACAAGCGUUUUUGAGAAAAUGAAGAAUGACCUGUGGCCAGGCUUGUUGGAAGCCACUUAUAAUACUGUAUUCAAGCCUACCCUGGAAAUGAUUAGUCAGAAUUUUGUGGAUUUUCCUGAACACCGGCAUGGAUUUUAUCGACUUUUACGUGUGUUAAAUCGCAAGUGUCUGACAGAGCUUUUGACGGGACCUCCUGCUACCUUUCAGCUGUUCAUUGACAGUAUAUUGUGGGGUACAAAGCAUACGAUUCGCGACGUAUCUCAAGUCGCACUCCAGACAUGUUUAGAUCUCAUUCACAAUGUGAGUCAGUUGGAAGACGAAGAUCAAGCCAGCGACUUUUAUAGCGCAUUCUAUGUCCGGAUACUUCGUGAAAUAAUUAGUGUUCUGGUGGACCCUGACCACAUGAAUGGGUUCAACUAUCAAAGCCAAAUACUCGCAACAAUGCUGGGACUUGUUCAAGAAGGAGAAAUCUACACCCGUUUGUUUGAUCCCAGUACAGUCGAGAACCCAUUAAUGUCAAAUACCGAAUUUCUUCAAGAAUAUGCGCAGCAAUUACUCUGUGAGGCUUUUCCACUUUUGCAAAAAGACCAAAUUGACGUUUUGGUGAUGGGUAUGUUUGAGUACAGUGGAGAUCUUUCAAGAUUCCAGACAGAUUUGCGCGAUUUUUUGAUCGAUAUCAGAGAAGUUGGUGAGGAUACAGGUCAGGCUCGCCAGAUCCAAGAACAAGAAGCUGAAUUAGAGCUCUUGCAAUGUCUUUGA